AAAAAGAUUUCAGAAAUGAGCAACAAUACAACAUAAAAAGUUAAUUAAACAAUUUAACCUUCAAUAGAGCAUAAGCCUUAUAGUGAAACUACUCAAUGUAAGAAAAUUUUAAUAAUGAAUAGAUAUAACAGACAAUCUUAAACAGAAAUAUGAAGAAUUAAAUUAGAAAUUUUAAGAACCUUAAGUUUAAGAAAAAUGGGGAUAAGCAAAAAAUAUAUUUUUUGAAAGAACUAAAGAAUUUGGAGUAAUGAAUUUAAAAAAAAAAUUAGUUUCUUACUUUUGAUUAUUUUAUAAAGACUUUUGAGAUUACAAAAACGACUGUCACAGAUUUAUAUGAAGUUUACAAAAAGUGAUUUUUAAGUUUAUAUUCAUGCUUUGCACAUUUUUAUUAUAAA